UGAAGUGAGUUGUAACACCAUCCUGACUCGUAACUCCUUUGGGGUGUUAUGUCAUGGUCCUUUUGCGUCAGCUAUACAAGAACAGAGUAUGCUGAAUGUCAGUAACGACGGACACUAGCCAAAGAAUGUCAUCAAAAGAAAUGAGUGAGGAAUCACCUGCUCAGAGAUGUAAGACAAACAAGGGAAGGUGCCAGCAGAUUGGAUGUGAGAGAACUACAGAAGAAGAAAAGGAGGAUGUAGAUGAUGAGGAUCAUCCUGAGAGUGGCCCUUCAAUGCUUUGGGAGAAGCGUUUUGAGCAGAGUAUAUUUGUGGAUAUUAGUGAUGAUGACAGCCUCCAUUUGAGUGACCUGCAAGGCUCCUUCAGGGUGCAUGUUUCACAGGACCAGGGGAGCAUGCAUUCCAGUGGAAAUACAGGCCUUUCUCACUCAUAUGAGGUUGAACAGGAUUCCUCUGAGAGCACUGUCUCCAUCAGCAGUGAACAUAAAGAUCAUGGCCACAUCAGAGAUGUCAAAGGCAAUGAGGCAAAGGCUUCAGUUCCAUAUCCCAAAACAGCACCAGAGCGACCACGGUGGAGGCCUGAUGAUGACAAUACCAGCGAUGAAGACCAGGAGGAGCUACCAUAUGAUGGUGAACUUCACCACAACUACAUGCUCCACACUGAGAGCCCUACAGAGAACUCAAAAGAGCUUCGCACUGUGAAUGGGACAUACCAGCAGGGCUCUGGUGCAUUAUGCACGCUCAGCAAGCCCAGCAGAGAUGCUGAGAAAGUAAAUGGUGGAGUCUACAACACUGAUCAACCUAUAGUUGGGGUUAUCCAAGGGCAGGAGCCAAGCCGAGUUUCAGCAUCAGUCCCUGAGUUCUUGCUCAGGCAUUUCUCCCAGGAUGAGCUGCUGAACUGCGGCAGGUUGAUAGAGGCAGAAACCAUGCCUGAAGUCUCCCUCCUGGACAGCAUCGAUGAGACAGCGCGGAGCAGAGCUUCAGCCAACCUACACACGACCUCGGGAGUGGGAGGCCACAGUGCAAAGAUCAAAGCCAGUCUGUGUCUUCUGGAGGAGAACGAGUAUAGCAGGGGUGAAAGCCACACAGCCUCGGAGGUAACAGACUCAAAGACAAGAUCCACUGAAACAACAGCACACAGAAAUAAAAACAAUGACCAACUGGUAAAUCGUUCAGCCAUCCACAAUCAGUCUGACUCCACUGUAGAGUCCAGAACGUCCUGCAUCAGUAACGGAGACUCCAGUCCAUUCAAUUUAGCAGAAGGUGAGAAGGAAGACCAAGAGGAGAAUGCGGGGCAUAGCUGUAGUGCCAGCACACCAAAUCUGCCUAAGGCAGACAUCCAGUGCGCCAGGUUUCUUUUAGGAAGGACGCGGUCCUGCAGUGAGCUGAAGUACGGUCAGGGCCAGGUGCACUACCCUCUACCCGACUUCUCCAAAGUGGCCCCUAAAGUCAAGAUCCCCAAGGGUAACGGACCCACCAAGCCUGGCUGCCACACAUCAUCUGCAGACAGAACUCACACAACAGCAGGCAUUUUGGGUAAAUCCCCAUCCUCCUGUACAGCUGAUGUCAUCAGCCGAGUUUUGGAGGACUCUGUUUGGCUGACUGAGAUGAGGAAAGAUGAGGAAAAGCAAUCUAGACUGGAUCAGCAUUUACAGGCUGAAUAUAACAGAUUACUUGCUAAAUAUCCUGAAGAUGACAACCUAAUCAACCUGAUGAGACCAAGGGAUCAGAUUCAAGCCUCUAGUGAACAGUCACCCUCAACACACAGGAUAGAAACAGUCAGUGGACUAGACAUCACACAAGGCACAGCCCAGACCAGAGCUGCACCACAAACCUCUCAGUCAAUUGUGGAAGGGUUGGUUGAGGAGAAAAGAGAUGCGGUGCCGAGCUCUCUUUCUGUGCAGCAGAGCAUAAGUGAGGGCCAGAGACUGACCACUGAGCUCAGAGCCAUUAUUGAACAGUUUAUGAAGAAGGUGGAGGAAUUCAAAAAGUGCAUCAGCAACAUGUCGCUAACUGUUGAAGAACAGCAAGAGAUGUUUAAGGGCAUGAUGGAGGCUCAGGAUCAACUGGAGCGGAACUACAUGAGUAAGAAAGAGGAGCACAGAGUGCUGGAGAUGCAGAAUUAUAUGGGUCUCGACAGGAACACGGGGGAGUUUGACCCUGACAGGCAGGUGGAAGGAGAGAUAUUCCGGCUAGGCAUGCAGCUGGAGGACAUAAAGGAACAGAUAGACAGAAACACCCAUCAUGCGUUCUCUCUUCCUCACUCAUCCUCCACUCCCACUCCUUCAGUGCAUGGGGAGUUCAUCCCUUCUACCUCACACCAGCCAACACUGCAUGAGGAGCAAGUCUUCAGUUUCUUCACUAGUGUGGUAGAGGAAGAGGAACACUUUAAAGCUAUCGAUGGAGUGCCUGGAGCUGCAGACUCACCCCUCAGCUGCCCCAGCGAGAACAGCUUCAGGCUACACAUCUUCAGCCAGACGCCCUGCAUCAGCAGAGAGGACGAGGAGGGUAGCGUGAGCGUGCCAGGUGAGGAAGAUUACUGCGAGGACUUCCUAGCACAGUUAACCGAGCCAGCGUCACCAAAUCAUCAGAGAACACCGAACAGACCUGAAGAUAUAGGAUUUCACACGCAAGACCCUCCAGAACAGCAUACCAACAAAGCACAGUUGCAGAGAUUCGUGAGUCCGGAGACAGACAGCGGUUUCGGCGCCUCUGACCAGAGCCGACCACCUACAGGACUGUCCCACACCCAGUGUAACACUGAGAGUUUGUCACCUUCUGAUGAUGUCGGCAGCAUGACAAGUGUGAGCACAUCGGAUAACGAAGCGUCACACUCUAAUCUACACACUGCUGUCUCUGUUGCUACAUGGGCUGGAUGGGCCCAAAUGGGUGACUCGGAGCCGGAUCAAGUCUCUAAGAAUGUGCAGAACAUUCAUAGAACAAGAACACAGGAGAACUGCACUACCCAGAAUGCACAAGUGGGACUGCACACCAUGGCAGAGGCACCAUUGUGUGAGGGCGCCACUCUCCAUUCUGUCCCUCUGCAAGACCCAAGCCAAGAAGAUCAGUUAGCACAGAUACAGAAUCCUACUGCAGUCGAGAUGCCAGCUAGAUACAAGCCCUUACACUGCUCCUGUCCCAACAGCGAAGCUAUUAGUGCACUGCAGUACGAGGUGUCUCGCCUGAAGAGGGCACUGGAGGAGAGUCUGGGUCACUUGCCACAUCUGAGCAUGCGAAUGGAACACCUGAGCAGUAUGUAUUCACAGGAGAAGAGACCGAGGAGCCGGCCUCGUUCACGACACCAGCACAGACUGUCUUCCAGCAGCAGAUGCCUGAACACAGAUUUGGACCUUCAGAGGAUGGAAGGCUGGAACUCCUCUGAUAUAGAGCCCAGCAAGAUCAAAGCCUCACUAGAGAGCCUAUCUCAAGAUACGUCUCGGUCUAAACCUGGCACAAACCAUCGGAGAGCUGGUGUUGGGCCAACCAGUCCUGGUGGCAACAUUAGCAUUGGGCCAGGCAGUCAAAACAGUGAUGCUAACAUUGGGUCCCUCAGUGACAACAAAACAGCCAGUGUCAGACCAACCAGUCACAGCAGAACAGCUAGUAUUGAGCCAAUCAUCCAUGGCAGCAGAAGCAGUGCUGGUCUUGGAAAUAAUGGCAGUUUUGGACUAACCAAUAACAGAAGCAGAGCCAACACUGGAUGUACACCACCAGGAGAGAGUCUCUGUUUGAUGGACAGACAUGUUCCUCCACCACUUCAUCUUCUCCACAAACCUCUGCUUCAGACCAACUAUGGAUCCUGCAACAGUCUUCCUCCUGGUUUCAAGGUGCAGGAUCAGCAGUCAGAUCCAGAAACGUCCAGCAGGAGGCGCUCCACCCAGUCAGACACAGCAAUGCUGCCCAGUAACGUCUAUUUCCAGCGGACCUCACCACUCCCCACCUCGCCAUGCAAAACCAGAGGGAGGUCACGGAGACAAAGAGUCAAGGAGGAGGCGAUAAACCGGACUCUGGAUAAAGCCCUGGAGGCGGCUCUUAUGAUGAAGCAGACCACAGACCGCAUGGCUAAAACUUUAUCUGCAGACCUGGCUAAGGCCCAGAUCUACAGGAAGUUUCAAGGGCUCCAUCCUCUCAGUGACAUGGAGCAGCCCUGACUGUGACUGACAUGGCACACUUUGUUAACAGCUCUUCUGUAAACCUUCAGAAGCUUGUGGAUCUUAUAAAAAGCUAUAUAGAAACUC